AUGGCAAAGUUGCAGAUGUUACUGAAGGAGGAAAUCCCGUCUGGCAAGAGGGCACUUACAGAGAGUUACCAGAACCUGACCCGGGUGGCGGACUACUGUGAGAACACCUACAUACAGGCUACAGACAAGAGAAAAGCUUUAGAAGAGACCAAAGCCUAUACAACCCAAUCCCUAGCUAGUGUUGCUUAUCAAAUAAAUGCACUGGCCAACAAUGUACUCCAAUUGCUGGACACCCAAGCCUCUCAGCUUCGGAGAAUGGAGUCCUCCAUCAAUCAUAUCUCACAGACGGUAGACAUUCAUAAAGAGAAAGUGGCUCAAAGGGAGAUUGGUAUUUUGACAACAAAUAAGAAAACAUCAAGAACUCACAAAAUAAUAGCACCUGCAAAUAUGGAGCACCCUGUAAGGCAUAUUCAGAAACGUAUUGACUAUACAGUUCUGGAUGAUGUGGGCCAUGGUGUCAAGCAUGGAAAUAACCUAAAUUCUCCUACUCAGAAACCACCAAGUCCUCCCACGUCAGCCCGGGGAACGAUGGGACGGAAUAGGCCUUACAAAACCCUGGAACCUGUUAAACCUCCAACAGUUCCUAAUGACUAUAUGACCAGUCCUGCUAGGCUUGGAAGUCAGCAUAGCCCAGGCAGGACAGCUUCUUUAACUCAGAGACCGAGGACACGCAGUGGAAGUAGUGAGGGAAGUGGAAGUCGAGAAAACAGUGGAAGCAGCAGUAUUGGCAUUCCCAUUGCCAUGCCUACACCUUCACCACCCACUAUUGGAUCAGCAGCCCCAGGCUCAGCUCCUGGUUCCCAGUGUGGCACAAUGACCAGGCAGAUUUCUUGACACAACUCUACCACUUCCUUGACAUCUUUUGGUGGAUACAGACGAACUCCCUCUGUGACUGCUCAAUUUUCUGCUCAGCCCCCUGGUAAUGGAGGUCCACUUUAUUCUCAGAAUUCAAUUGCUGAUAGUCAAACUCCUCCACCACCACUUCCACCAGAUAACAUUCCCAUGUUUGAUGACUCUCCACCUCCGCCACCACCACCUCCAGUAGAUUAUAAAGAUGAGGAGGCUGCACUAGUUCAUUAUAAUGACCCAUAUGCAGAUGGGGAUCCUGCGUGGGCCCCUAAAAAUUAUAUUGAGAAAGUUGUGGCAAUAUAUGAUUAUACAAAAGACAAGGAUGAUGAGCUGUCAUUUAUGAGGGUGCUUCUAGUUUAUGUAAUAAAGAAGAAUGAUGAUGGCUGGUAUGAAGGAGUCUACAAUCGAGUGACUGGUCUGUUCCCUGGGAACUAUGUUGAAUCAAUCAUGCACUAUACUGAUUAAAAUUUUUUGCUUUUAAA